AUGCCAGGGGUCCACACAUUUUAUGAUGGGUCAAGGAUAUUGGAACCCGUCGCCGAAGGGAUCGGCGUCGAAGUUGACAUGGUAUGUAUAGUCCAAUUCAUGUUAAUUCAUGUUUAGCUUAAUCUUGUAUUUUGCCAAGUCAUCUCGAUCCCAAUGGCAAUAUUAUACAGAAAUUAUCUGGGGCCCGAGAAAGUGAGUAGGGAAAUUCGAUUGUGGUCUUCUAUGGCAGUGGGCCUGGUGUUAUGCUACUUCUGCUAUGGAAAGUAAGGUGUAACUUUUUAUAAUCAGAUUGUUAUUGCUCUAGCGCCAUCAAACAUCCAUUGGCGUUGAUCGCCGUUUCCUACUCUAUAAUGCGCUUCUCUCCGACCAUUUAUGUACAUAAAUUGGUUUUUUGUUUUGCCAUGGGAUACUUGAUCUUUAUCCACUGGUUUCGAUGGUACAUCUUGACAAGUUACUCAAUUGACAUCACUGGGCCAAUGAUGGUCUUAACUCAAAAAGUCACUACUAUGGCGUUUUCUUUGCACGAUGGCAAAGUAAAGAAGGCCGAAGAGCUAACGCCAAUUCAGAAACGGGAAGCAAUCGGGUACGCUUAACAAAUAUCAAGUCUUCAAAGUAUUGUUUUAGUGAGGUUCCUUCUGUGCUGGAAUUUAUGAGUUAUUUAUUCCACUUCCAAACAGUUUUAACUGGUCCCCUUUGCUUCUAUACGGACUAUAUACAAUUUAUUGAUGGAAAUGACAUGACUCCUGAAGAAAGAAAGGCAUGUUUUCAAAUUUUUUUGAUUUAUUUUUUAGAGGUUGAAUGUCUGGCAAGGUGCUCUUCCAAAGCUGUUGUCGGCCCUUGCCUUCUUGACCAUUGUCGCUGUUUCUCAUGAAGCAUACAAACCAGAGAUCGUCCUUCAGCCAGAAAUACUUCGUUUGCCGUUUUAUAAAUGGUGGGUCUUAUUCUGGCUAGUCAUCGUCUUAAAACGGUUCCAAUAUUAUUACGCGUGGACGAUCGCUGAUGGCAUCGCCAAUCUAAGUGGAUUUGGAUUUAACGGAUAUGAUGAAAACCAUCGGCCUAGAUGGGACUUGAUCAGUAAUGUUAAUUGGUUGAAAGUUGAGGUGAGUCGAAUGUAUUCUUUAUUCUUCCUUUGCAAAUUUAGUUGGCCUUCAAUUUCAAAGAUACCCUGGACAACUGGAAUAUCACAACAAUGUAUUGGUUGAGACGAGUUGCAUACGAACGAGCUCCCAAAAAGUACAGCACGGUUGCUACUUAUAUGUUGUCAGCUAUGUGGCAUGGAUUCUUCCUAGGGUAUUACUUAACCUUCCUGACUGGGGCGUUAAUGACUCUCUCAGCUCGAACAGUAAGUUCAAGUACUUGGUAAUUUGUAUUUAAAGGCCCGCCGGUGUUUGCGCCAUCGUUUCCAAAUUAAUCUUUUCUGGAGUCGCUUCUAUGAUGUUUUAACUUUUAUUGCUACAAAAACCGCUUUGGCAUACACCACGUUUCCAUUCGUUACUCUACAUUUGUAUCCUGCAAUUUACUUAUAUAAGUAAGUUGACAACUUUUUUUUUAUCUCAAAUUAUAGACAAGUUUACUUCUCACAUCACAUUGGAGGCCUCUUAAUAAUUUUUCUUUUACCUCUUGUUCUUCCACCCCAGCCACGGUCCGUCGAUGUCAAGAAGGUCAAGUGA